AUGACGAAAAAUAGACUCUUAAUAGAAUCUCGUGAAGCUAAAAAACAAAAUGAUCCAGAUAUUAGCCUUACACACAGUGAAUACAAUUUACAUGAGUGGCAAGCGGUUAUAAGGGGACCCAAAGAUUCUCCAUAUGAAGGAGGAAAAUGGAAAUUAAAUAUAAAAUGUAAAAGUACAUAUCCUAUAGAUCCACCUUUAAUUACAUUUGUUACCAAAUUUUUUCAUCCAAAUGUAAAUUUUGUUACUGGUGAAUUAUGUAUGGAUAUAUUAAAAGCUAACUGGAGUCCAGCUUGGACUAUUCAAUCAUUAUGUCGUGCUAUACUUUUUCUUUUUAAUGAACCAAAUGCUGACAGUCCCUUAAAUUGUGAUGCUGGUAAUUUGAUAAGAUCUGGCGACAUAAAAGGAUUUCAGUCGAUGGCAAGAAUGUAUACAGUGGAAUACGCAAUGGAAAAUGAUAAUGAAAAGUGA